AGGCAACCACUAACAUCUUGGCAUUUAAUCUGAUGUGGAAGAAACAGAAAAAAAGCUGCUGCUUUAAGCAAAUGAGACUCUAGUGGCCUGCUUUUUCUUUAUAAAAUUUCUUCUGCGUUUCACUGUUAAUUAAAUCAUCCUUGGUUACAUUUGUCAUCUACCACUGUUUAUUAGAAUGCCCAGCAAAAAGAAAAAAUACAACGCCCGAUUUCCGCCUGCCCGGAUAAAGAAGAUAAUGCAAACAGAUGAAGAAGUUGGGAAAGUGGCUGCACCAGUUCCUGUUAUCAUCUCUAGAGCAUUGGAGCUUUUUGUAGAGUCACUCCUUACCAAAGCUGUACAGAUAACUUCAGCCAGGAAUGCCAAAACACUCAGUCCUGCUCAUUUGAAGCAAUGCAUUUUAGCUGAAAGUCGAUUUGACUUUUUGAAAGAUCUGGUCCUUACCAUUCCUGAUGUCCAGGCAGAGGGCGAAGAUGGUGGCGUGACUAGCGUCCCAUCAACACCUACUGUUCAACAACACCAGCCGUUAAUGUUCCGAUCUCUCAGCGAGGCGGGAUCGUCUUCAUCCACUAGUAAGAGUAAAGGAACCGGAACUGGGAGGCCAAGGGGUCGCCCCAGAAAAACUCCUGCCGCCCUUGCACCAGCACAGAAUAACCAAAGGGCAUGGGCAGCUAGAAAGUCGGACAGCGAAGAAACUGAUUCUGGGGACUCGGAAGAUGAUGACGAUGAUGAAAACAACAGCACCGACACUGAAUCCUUGCCCAAGGGAUCUUCAUCCUCCAAGAAUGGUAGAGAUAUCGCGUCAGCCACUGCCCAACAAGCAUCUUUUCAGUUUAAUGCCGUCCAGCCCAACUUCUAUCAGGAAAUUGGCGGUCAAAAUAACUCGUCUUUUCAAAUCCAAAUUAACUUACCUCCUCAAACGGCUCCAAUCCAAGAACGUAUAAAAGACCUGAAUAUGCAAGCAAGACAAUUUGCUAGCGCUGUAACAGCUAUUCAGACUAACAAUAGUUCUAGAGCCAAUGGUGUCAGUGGAAGGAGUUUACAGGUUACACCAUGGGGUUCUCCCCGACUUCUUAGUCCAGUUGAAGUCCGUCACAUUCCUGAAUAUGUAGAAGCUGAUCCAUACAACUCACCUGGUAGUUCUCCAAGCAGAUACCGUUGGUGUAGAACAGGUUCUUUGAAAACACCACAUAAGGUGGGCUUGGAUAUUGGUGAAGAUACAAAGUUGAAAGAGCUUGAACAGUUGUGGUUUAAUGAUAAAGACAAUAUCAUUCAAAAUCUUCCUGAUCUUUUAAGCAAUAAUCAAAGAGAGAUAACUUUGCAGGAAGCCCAGAAUUUGGCUGCUGUGCUGGCAUCCAAUGAAACUCCUUUGAUAUUGGGUACAUUGACAGCUGUUGCGAAUUUGGCAGCGUUCAGUACCAAUCAGGAUCAUUUUCGAGAAGCCGGUCUCAUUACAGUUUUGUCCAAAUUGAUCUUAAAAUCGAAUCGGCAAAUCAAGCUGAAAUCCUGUGUAGUUGUUGCUAAUAUGGCAAUGAACGAGAAGAAUAAUGCCGACAUGCGAUCUGUCACGAUUAGUUUGGUCCAUCUUUUGCAGACCACUCCUUUAAGUGAUCCAGCUUUGAUUACAUCAACUCUCUUGACCUUAAUCAAUAUUGCUGUAAUGCCCUCUUGGCAUAAAGAGUUCAAGCCUUUACUUCAUAAAUCCUACAAUUUACUUGAUGAAGGCCAUUGGAAUAGUGAUGGUGUUUCUUUCCAGUCGCUUCGCUUAUUAAUCAACCUCAGUUGCAACGAAGAAAUGAUACCGAGUCUUUUGGCUGCUCAGGCACCAUCCAAGUUGAUCUAUAUGCUCGACAUGUCCAUGCCCGAAGAAGUUGUUUUGCGUGUUCUUACUCUACUCGCAAACCUUGCAAGUGCCACGAAACGCUUGGACAUUGACCCUCUCGAUUUACCAGCUGAAAACAAAGCUGCUGCACCUGAUACAAUGUAUGCAAAUGUCUUUGGCCUAUCAAUGGUAGAGCGUUUUAAGAAAAAAGCCAAGAUUCUGUCCGAACGUCAUUCAAAUUCAGAUGUGUGUGUGCAGGCGAGUAGGUUAUUGGAAGCAUUGUCAGAAUAAAAUGCAUUACUCGUUUAAACAUGACAUUCCCUGCCACCUCAAGCAAAAAGAAUUGAAAGAAAAAUAGGGUGAAAGAAAAAUACUGUCCAACAGUAUUUGAAAAAUUACUUAUGCAACUAUAGAUCUAGUCAUGUUAUGUUUUCGCACUACCAUACUUAAAUAAAAAUGAUCAAUAUAUGUGAAUUAUGGAUGAAAUUUGUUGAUUGACAACAAAUAUACUGAUACACGCGCU